AUGACAUCAGGAUCAUCAGCUCUCUUGCCCAUCGCCAGCUACUCCAUCCCAUUCAAGAUUCCCGGAAGCCAGAAGGACCGGAGACUGCUCCACUACUUCUGUGUCCAAGGAUCAGGGGAUAUCUCGGGGUUUCUGGCAUCGGACUUCUGGUCUCAGACUGUGCUCCAGGCUGGACACAAAGAUCUAGUGGUGCGGCAGGCCCUGGUUGCAAUGAGCUCACUCCACCUAGACUACAUAUCUUCAAGUCCUGACAGAGCAUCGGUAGCCAGUCCCGAAACCUUGAGUCUAUACGGUAAAGCUCUACGAUCACUGGGAAAGCGGAUAGGCCAACCAUCAGAUGGCACUACAAAGACUGCUUUGGUCUGUUGCAUUUUGUUCUAUUGCUGCGAAAGCGCCAUCGGCGACCGCAGUGCAGCACUCCAACAUCUCAGCAACGGCCUCAAGCUGCUGGUGUCUACUCAAGGUGAAAAGGUUACCGAUGAGUCCAAGGGCAUCGAGAGAUUGACCACCAUUUUCGAGCGCCUGGACAUGCAAGCCAGUUUCUUCGAAGACGACCGCAUACCAAUCCUUGCUUCGCCAGAGUACAUAUAUGAAGAGCCAGAUCAUGGUUUGUUGACGCCACGGACAGGCUUCUUAGGGCUGGAAGAUGCUCAGCAACGACUAGUUAAACUUCAAGCAUGGUUGUAUCAUUUUGUCAACAAGAACGUCGAAUUCUAUCAGGAAACGAAAGAGUCGCUGAGCUUGGACAUAUUGGAAGAGAGGUCUUCUUUGGAACAGGCUUACAAUGCCUGGAUCGAAGGCAUUAACGAAUUCGAGAACAAAGAUCAACACGAUAACCAAACUUUGCACGGUAUUCGAACACUUCUGGUUCACUUCCACGUCUGCCAGAUGAUAUUACGAUCAAAGUUCCCUCAAGAUCACGGCGUGUUUGGUGCUUCGCCGAAUCCAACCGCUCAUCACAUACUUGAUCUGGCUGAGACUUUACUCAAGCAUACUAUACAGGCUAACGCCUCUCCCAGUGCUACUAAGACUCCGCGGCGCAAUUUCUCCCUGGAAACUGGAAUUGUAGCUCCAUUGUUCGCACUGGCAAUCAAGUGCUCAGACGAUUCGGUGGCUACAAGAGCUGCUCAGAUGCUUGCCGCCUCACACAGAAGGGAGGGUUUGUACGAUGCUCAGACCAUGUCACGUAUCAUUAAUGAGCUGAAAAGGUCACGAGAUAGUGCUAUGCAGAUCAAGGAGGAGAAUAGAAGUGGGAUCAAAGCUGUGACUCCACUGGAAUAUCAUAUACCUGAGCGGUAUGACGGCGGUGGGAUAGACAAGCUUCUUUGGUCUAUGAGUCUCUGA